AGCCUAGUUACUGGCUGGGCUGCCGGCCCCUGGGUGGAGCUGGAAAGAAAUAGUCCUGUGGAGGAUGAGUUUCUAUUUUUAGCCCGAUUGUCAGCCCUCAGCCUUUCUCCUUCCGAUUUUCUCAGUCAAGCCUGCUUUUCGCCCUCUGAGUUCUCACGCUUUGUCUAGAAUCUUUGGCAGACAUUUCCCUUUCCUCCUUAUUCUCCCUCCUCACCCACCCUUCCAGAACGAGUUAGAAGGAUUGCUUCGAGAAAAGAAAAUGAACCCGCUGUUCGCUUCUGGGUCUUCUCGCCUGUGUAUGAAGCUCCCAAGUCCAGUUCCCUCACAACCCUUUCGAUUCUAAAGUCGAACCUGAUGAGCAUUGCCCUGCUGCUACCGGGAAGGAGCGGGGCGAGGCGGCGCUCGCUGGCUGCUCGCUCGCCCAAGGUCACGGGUGGUUGUGCAGAGUCAGGAAAGGCUCGCCGGACUGGCUGCCUGCCCUCGGCCCUGGCGUCACGGUUCUGAACAAACUGUUUUGGCCAGCAUGUAAAAUCCCUGGAAAUCGUCUAUUCCAGCAAGGCCUCGUGAACAGGGAAAGCACCAAAUGUUCUACUCAAGAAAUGAAGCUAAGGGACAAACAAGCUAGACGUGAGGGAGAGAUCAAUAAGAAGACGCUGUAAGAGGAAGUUCAAGAGGGGGCAAUUCAGAAAUGAGGCACAUGCUCCGACUAGUUUGAAAGGCCUCAUAACAGUGGUGAGACACAUGUGUUAUCAUUCUGCUUCUGGAUGAAAGCCUUGUGACUCAGAAAAGUUUAGUAACUUGAUCAAAGUUACACAGAGACAACAGAAGCAGAGCCAGGCCUCAAACCCAGGUCUUCUGAUGCCAAAGCCAACGUUCUUUCUUGUACACCACAACUGGCAUCUGGAACCUAGUUUUGCUACUUCAGGAAACCACAGUUGUUGGCUGAUAGAAAAACUGCAGCAGCUCCAUAAUAUGAGAGAGCUAUUUCUGCCAGUGAGGAAUCCAGCUGCAGUACCAGCAUGCGAAUCAGCUGCAUGGCCUCCUGGAAGACCCCACGCAGGCUUCCCUGGUUCUGUGUGGUGUUUUCUGUCGAACCAGCAGGGUAUCUUUUUGACAACCCAGAGAUUAGCAGGAGAAUAACGUCAAAAUUCCUGAAACUGAAAUUCAAUGAAGAAAUUUCCAACCUAAGUAUGCUGCCAGUAGAAGCCAUGGAUAGUGACCCAGAAGAUACAAUAAAUGAGUGGAGUCAGAGCUUGCAAAUCCAAGUGGAGGAGAAAGAAGAUGAUACUGAGGAAAGUUCAAGCGAAGAGGAAGAGGAGGAAAACAAACUACCUCGAAGAGAGAGUAUGAGACCGAAGAGGAAACGGACCAGAGAUGUUAUCAAUGAAGAUGAUCCAGAACCUGAACCAGAGGAUGAAGAAACAAGGAAAGCCAGAGAGAAAGAGAGAAGGAGGAGGUUAAAGAGAGGAGCGGAAGAAGAAGAAGAAAUAGAUGAAGAGGAAUUGGAAAGACUGAAGGCAGAGUUAGAUGAGAAAAGACAAAUGAUCGCUACUGUCAAAUGCAAGCCUUGGAAAAUGGAGAAGAAAAUUGAAGUUCUCAAGGAAGCAAAAAAAUUUGUGAGCGAAAAUGAAGGGGCUCUUGGGAAAGGAAAAGGGAAACGGUGGUUUGCAUUUAAGAUGAUGAUGGCCAAGAAGUGGGCAAAAUUUCUCCGAGAUUUUGAGAACUUCAAAGCUGCUUGUAUCCCGUGGGAAAAUAAAAUCAAGGCAAUUGAAAGUCAGUUUGGCUCAUCAGUGGCUUCAUACUUCCUCUUCUUGAGAUGGAUGUAUGGCGUAAACAUGGUUCUCUUUAUCCUGACAUUCAGCCUUAUCAUGUUGCCAGAGUACCUCUGGGGUUUGCCAUAUGGCAGUUUACCUAGGAAAACGGUUCCCAGGGCUGAGGAGGCAUCAGCAGCCAACUUUGGGGUCCUGUAUGACUUCAAUGGCUUGGCUCAAUAUUCCGUCCUCUUUUAUGGCUAUUACGACAACAAACGAACAAUUGGAUGGAUGAAUUUCAGACUGCCACUCUCCUAUUUUCUGGUGGGGAUCAUGUGCAUUGGAUACAGUUUUCUGGUUGUCCUUAAAGCGAUGACCAAAAAUAUUGGUGAUGACGGAGGUGGUGAUGAUAACACUUUCAACUUUAGCUGGAAGGUGUUCACUAGCUGGGACUACCUUAUUGGCAACCCUGAAACAGCAGACAACAAAUUCAAUUCUAUUACAAUGAACUUUAAGAUGAACAUGGUCAUGUCCCUCCUGGGGAUGUUCUGUCCAACACUAUUUGACUUAUUUGCUGAAUUGGAAGACUACCAUCCCCUCAUUGCUCUGAAAUGGCUACUGGGACGCAUUUUUGCUCUUCUUUUAGGCAACCUGUAUGUAUUUAUUCUUGCCCUGAUGGAUGAGAUUAACAACAAGAUUGAGGAGGAGAAGCUAGUAAAGGCCAAUAUUACCCUAUGGGAAGCCAACAUGAUCAAGGCCUACAAUGCAUCCCUUGCUGAAAAUACCACCGGGCCACCCUUUUUUGUGCACCCUGCAGAUGUACCUCGAGGACCCUGCUGGGAAACAAUGGUGGGGCAGGAAUUUGUGCGACUGACUGUUUCUGAUGUUCUGACCACUUAUGUUACGAUUCUCAUUGGGGACUUUCUCCGAGCAUGCUUUGUGAGGUUUUGCAACUACUGCUGGUGCUGGGAUUUGGAAUACGGAUAUCCUUCAUACACUGAGUUUGACAUCAGCGGCAAUGUCCUUGCUCUGAUCUUCAAUCAAGGAAUGAUCUGGAUGGGCUCCUUCUUUGCUCCCAGCCUCCCAGGCAUCAAUAUCCUUCGGCUCCAUACAUCCAUGUACUUCCAGUGCUGGGCUGUGAUGUGUUGCAAUGUUCCUGAGGCCAGGGUCUUCAAAGCUUCCAGAUCGAAUAACUUCUACCUGGGAAUGCUCUUGCUCAUCCUCUUCCUGUCCACCAUGCCCGUCCUGUACAUGAUCGUGUCCCUCCCACCAUCUUUUGAUUGUGGCCCCUUCAGUGGCAAAAAUAGGAUGUUUGAAGUCAUUGGAGAAACGCUGGAGCAUGAUUUUCCAAGCUGGAUGGCAAAGAUCUUGAGACAGCUUUCUAAUCCUGGACUGGUUAUUGCCGUUGUUUUGGUCAUGGCUUUGACCAUCUAUUAUCUCAAUGCCACUGCAAAGGGCCAGAAGGCAGCAAAUUUGGAUCUAAAGAAGAAGAUGAAACAGCAAGCUUUGGAGAACAAAAUGCGAAACAAGAAAAUGGCAGCUGCACGAGCAGCUGCAGCUGCUGGUGGCCAGUAAUUUUCAUGGAUAUUCUGGAGGCCGAGAAGUGUUCCUCAUCACGCAUUUCUAAGUCAGUGAUUCUCGUGAAGGCCCAGAGGACAAAGCAUGAAGAGUUGAUACUACCCUGUUCUAAACCUGAUGGAUUAUCAAGGUCUCGCUGAUCAAUCAAGGCAUCACUUGCCCUAACUAAAAAAAACAAGAGUCUCUACCUUAUUCCAAAUUAAGGAUUUGUUCCCCCACCACCACUUUCUCCCCUGAACCACUCCCUUGACAUUAAUGAAUUGAGUUUAAAAGUGUGUGUGAUCCUCCAGUAUGGAUCACUAGCUUACUUGCUGGGUUAAUUUAAAAAUCUUUUGCUCAUAUGGACUUUCAUUUUAUACAUUUAUUCUGCCUUAGUUUUCUUAGUCUGGAAAUGGGGAUAGU